AUGAAGAUACACUUCAGGAAUUAUGCAAAAGAAACACAUUCUCAAGCGGCAACAUGGCGGCAGUGCGGUUCUGGAGACGCUCUAGACACCAAGAGUGGGAAGGCCCCGAUGGCUCAGCUCAUCCAUCCAGCUCGGGAGAAACUGACACCCGCCCAGCUGCAAAUCGUGAGGCAGGAGCAACUCGCCCAGUGGCAGAAGACGCUGCCACAACCAUGGACCCGUACCCGGAACAUCGUGACUGGCCUGAGAAUCGGAGCCCCGGUGCUUGCUACUUACAGUUACACCUCCUACUCAGUAUCCCAGGAGCGUUUCCUACAUGAGCUAGAGGACGAGGCCAAAACUGCCGGAGCCCAAACCCUGGUUAGAGCUUCAGGCCCCUGA